AUGGGCAAGUUGAAUGUGUCGAUGCUUCGAUAUCUCUCCUCCGAGGAAUUUAGGGUGCUGACAGCGGUAAGUUGUCACUAAAUUAAGACUGAAGUUGGAACACGUGUUAGGAAAGUACGAGUCAGUUCAUCGAACCAAAGGGCAGAUUGCAAUUACCGUAAACAGUCAGUUUCGAUGAGGUUUGUUUUAAAAUGGCAGAGGAAGGGGAAAUAUAAUAUUAUUGUAUGUGAGAGGCUAGAACACGUCACGUCAAUGGGCUUAUUAGACUAGGGACUGUCGACAUAUUGGGCUAUUUUAUUUAAUAUCCGUCCCCCCCGGUUGAGGACUUACCUUUUCUUCUUACCCAUGAAGAUUGAUUAAAAUUGCAUUCAUCCCUGAAGACUUCCAUAAAAUAUGGGCUUAACCCUGAAGAAUAUGGGCACUACAUGUACCCCUGAAGAAUAUGGCUUUACCCCUGAAGAAUUUUGUGAAAAUUAAAGCUUCACCCCCAAAGAAUUCCAUAUUUUUUUACUCUACCCCUAAAGAAAUCCUCAAUUUUUAUAACUUACCCCUGGAGAAUUCCUUGGUUCUUCAACCAGGGGGUGCGGAUAUUAAAUGCAAUAGUCCUUUCACUUUUUCUCCGCUAUUGUCAACUGGAUGUUUAGGUCAGAUCCCCGCCCUCCCCCCUCCUUAACAUCCACUUCAUUUUUUGCUGCUGCAAAAGUCGCUUCCAGAAGGAAUACUGAAAUCUGUGAAAUACCCUUACUUAAGGAUAUCAACGGUAUCAACACAAUUUACUGCAUUUAAAACGUGGUAGAAACCUCAUACUUCGAAUUAUGCUUUCUCCCACCUGUUCUCUUACAAAAUCUGCGUAACUGCUCAGUUUUAAAAGAUCAAAAUGUAAAAUGUGCCAGUAGUUAAGUGCAGAGGUGAAAAGAUCGCAGUUGACACUCGCUUCUAUGAUUGGUCCUACUCCGCUCUUGCACUUUUGUCCAAAAAUACCACGCACAAACAUCCACUGCCUUACCCUCUUUCCCAUAAAUGCCCAGUUGAAGUUAAGUAGGGGAAAAGUGAAUAUGUUAAUGGCCCCUUACUUAUUAUUCAGCUGCAGCUGAGGGGCAUUUUUGGACAAUAGCAAAGUGAUACAUUGAUUUUCAUAAAUUUUAGGUAAUGUGUGGAAAGGUGCUCGUGACAUUAUUUAAGAGAAAGCAGGACCAAUUGUACCAUUUAAAUUGUGAUCAUCAAAUCCAACUGCACCCAAUAUAUUAUUACUUUUUGACAUACUUUAAACAUGGCGGCCGUGGCUUUGAUUUCUGAAUACCGUAGUGUAGUAGUAAAUCAAAAGUAUCAACAGGAAAAAGCAGUUAUGUAGAUUUUGCAAUAGAACAGGCUGGAGAAUUGUGCAGUAAAUUGUGUUGAUACCAUUGACAUCGUAAUGCAAGUGCAUGUCAGUAUUCAUUCUGGAAUACAGUGACUUUUGGGGCAGCAAAAUUUCAAGUGGACGUUAAGGAGAGGGGGAGGGGGCUCUGACCUAAACGUCCAGUUGACAUUAAGUGAGGAAAAAGUGAAUAUGUCGACAGCCCUCACAGGUGUGACUACAAUAGUAAUUUUAAUUCUUUUUUCCCCAGGUGGAAAUGGGAAUGAAAAACCAUGAGCUAGUACCCACUCCUCUUGUAGCCUCCAUAGCUGACCUCAAACACGGAGGCUCUCACAAGAUCCUCCGUGAGCUCACAAAACACAAGUUGGUGUGUUAUGAAAAGUCUGGUAGAGGUGAGAUCACUAGGAUAUAUAAUAUAUACAAUAUAUUUUAUACUAUUGAUUGUGCACAAUUUAGGUUUUGAGGGCUUAUGAGGCCCUCUUAGGCAGAUUGUGUAUGUCCCUAGUCUGAAUUUUAAAACCUGUCAUUUCGCGUUUUGAGGAGGAAGCCAUGUUGCUGUCGGUAUUGUACUAUCAUAAUGGUACAUGUAUUUGCGCUUUUCUCUGUUGUUGUCGCAGUUUCAACCCAUGUUUGUGUCUUUUGUCGCCAUUUCUGCUGUCCUAUCUGUUUUAAGGCCAUGUUGCUUGUUGGAAUUUUACCCCAACAUGGUCUCGUUUAUGUGUCUUAAAACCUUUAAAGUUAAAAUUGCCUUCAGUUGGAGAGUUGAAAACUUAUGGAAAGACUUGCACAUCUUAUAGAGUGAUGUUGGGGGUUAUUAUGUUUGGGGUCACUUUUUAUACCUUUUUAACUGUUUCAGUUGAAGGUUACAGACUCACUUUCAGUGGCUAUGAUUAUCUGGCUCUGAAGGCUCUGACAACAAGAGGUAGUGUUCAGUCCGUCGGCAAUCAGAUUGGAGUUGGCAAAGAAUCUGGUGUGUAAAUCAUUCCGUACUCACUAUGAUUAAAUAGAAUUUAAUAAUAAUCUUUGCAAGAAUAAGAAUCCUUUAAUGAGUGAUUCCCAGUCCCUAGUUACAGACUUGUACAUGGCAAAGUUUUCAAAUUAUUCAGUUGGUCACUGUCUGUUGUCAGAACAAAUACCCCAGUGUAAUGUGAUUAACACAACCAUGCACCUAAGAGCCUUGAACUGUUGUUUUGUCUACAAGGUUAUCAUUUUACAAGGUUUUCAGAUAUUAAAAUGACAGAGUGUUGUUACAUCACGCCGCUCAAUAAAAUUGUUGUAAUAAUGACACAGUCAUACAAACAGGGUGUUCAUACUGUAAGGCCAGGUUGUAUUGCUGUCCUGAGGUAUUUUUUAAUGAAAAAAAAAUGUCAGUGUCCAAGUUGUGUUCAGUAAUACAGUGGGAGCUCUCCAAAUGGACAUUCUGGUAAGCAGACAGUUCUACCAAUGGAUGCCUUCACAAAACCCCUUUUUUUCUGAACUCCCAUAGACACUACAACAACAGUAACAGCAACCAUUUAUUUGCCAGCUUGAAGAAACGUUUACAAAAAACAGAAUGAGUUUAAGUAGAUCAGGAAAAAACUUCCCAGAAUAGCAAAAACUAAACGAGCUGGGUAGCUGCAAACUCUGCAUUUUUGCGUUCUCGUCAGUGGCCAGCUCCAGUUACAGACACUUUUUUGGCAUCCUGACGGUGUCUGCUCACAAGAACUUCCACUGUACUUCAAAGCUCCAUUGUAGAAUGACAUCUUAAGAGAGAGAAAAGAACAGAACAGAACAGUUCUAUGCAUUCUACUAGUGAUAUUUAAUAUCUUAAUCUUUGUGUUGUCUUUAGAUAUUUAUAUUAUUGCUGAUGAAGAAGACAAUCAACAUGCCCUGAAACUACACAGGUUUGUACCAAGUAUUAUACGAAAAAGGUAACAAAUCAUUGUUAUUUCCUAGUAAAAAAUUUGAAAAUUUGCCAUUUUCUAUAAUCCUUUCUCACUAGACUUGGAAGGACCUCUUUUCGAAAGCUCAAACAAAAGAGAGAUUACCUUAAACACCGUCAUAAUGUUUCCUGGCUAUAUCUUUCACGUUUGGCAGCUGUAAAAGAGUAUGCUUAUAUGAAGGUGUGUUUUCUAACUUCUAAAUGGUUGAACCCACAAAACGUUAAGUUACCUAGUCAUAUAGAUUAGUAGUAGAUUUGUAACAAACAGUAGAGUCCAACUCUGCUUCAUCCAGCUAAUAACACUGAUUAUUAUAAAUAGUUUGUACUCACUUAAUCUUUCUUCUCUUUGGCCACAAUGUACAAGCCUACAGUUAAUUUUGGAAAUCAGCGCACCUACAGUGAACGGUAGUUACCAUAAAAUUCCAAAAAUAAGCCCGUCCAUGUAUAAGCCCUUCCAAAUAUAAGCCUCCCAAACUCGACUAACUCAAAAAAACUCUCCUAUGAAUUGCCCUCCAAAACAAGCCCCUGGGUCCUUGUACUCAGAAAUUGCCCCCAAAUUCAAAAUAAAACAAAGCAAAAACUGUACCGUAACACAUAAAUUUUUGCAUUUGCCAAAGAACUAUAAUGUAUAAUGCUGUUUGCUAGUUCACUUUUCAGGCUGGCUUGGAUAAAUAUUUUCCUCGGUCCAUAUAGACAAAGUACUCGCAUGGUUGAGUUUAAGAAAGAUCUUCAUCCUCAAGGCGAAAACUUGCUGCAAAUUACUGACAUAAAUUUCCUUUGAACUAUAAGCUAGCCCAGUGGAUUUUGAGACGCAUAGUUCCCUCCCAGUAUAAGCGUAGCUGAUUUUGAAAAUUUCCCUCUGUAUAUAAGCCCCUCCAAAAAUAUGCCCGUCAAAAAGGGCCUUUGAAUAAUAUAAGCCUUCAGAAUUUUACUUUAGUUAUUUGCUUUAGUUGACUGACUAAUCCGUAGGUUGCAUGCUAGAUGUGUGAUUUUCAAGAGUAAUGUCAAACUGCAUUCUGUGAAAUGAUGUGUUUUUUGCUAAUUUUUUUUCAAAACAAUGUUUAAUAAAUAGAGGAUAUUACAUGGCCGCGCGGACAUACGAAAUUUCUCUUCUAGUGUUGAAAAAUAUUUCAGGAGUGAGCGCAGCGAACGAGUGAAAUAUUUUUUCAACAUGAGAAGAGAAAUUUCGUAUCUCCAAGUGGCCAUGUAAUGUUCUAUUUAUUAUAUAAAUACCAAUGAACUACCAAACCAUUUCACUUUAAUAGUUUUUUGGUGUGAAAGGAGCGAUUUAUUAUCAAGCCAUAGCAAUGGUGAUAUUUUCACAUGUGAAGAUAACAUGUUAUUUUCACUUGGGGGGGGGAUUGUGAAGAUAUCAAGUUUUCGCGCGAAAACUCACCUGGUAUUUCAUUGGUGUUUAUAUAAUAAGGCAAUUUAUUUAUUAUAUCUGGAAUCAGAGGGUUGUCCAAUACUCUGACAAAUUAUUUUAUGCAUGGUAUUGUAUUGUCUUCACCUUACAAUACUGUACAAAAGCAUAACAAUUAAAGAACGAAGCAAGACAAUGAUAAAUUUAACAAGGCUAUGCAUGAAUUUGCUGGGGUAUUGGACAAGUAUGUGUAAUCAAUGUCUUGGGAAGUGUUAUCAGCCUUUUGACUGUGAGUAUUCCAGAUAUCACAAAAAAAGCAUUCAAUAAUUUUUUAAACAUGCGUCAUUUGUAAAUGACUGCAGUUAAAGGUGAUUUUGCUCACCCCUUGCUUGUUUCAAGGUUUCUGCAUGAGCAUACCUACCAGCAGCUUAGAAUUUUCAACAUUUUGUUAGCAGGGACAUUAAUUUUCAGCAUCUUGAAGCAAGAUCUUGAGUUUUCAACAUCUUGCCUACAAGUUCUUAAAUUUCCAACGUCGUCAUGGCAAGAUCUUGAAAACCUACAAAGCCAAAAGCUGUGAAGCUACAAAGAUUCCAGGUUGCUUGUACAAUGUAUACAAACUAAGAUUGCUAUUUAACCAAGUAAAAAUUGAUCAAAUCAUCAGGAGCGAACUUACCAACAACAUAAAGCCUAUGAUUUAACUUGAAGCACCUAUGAUAAAAUUAAUGAAACAUUAUUUAGAUAACAAGUUUUGUGUCUUGCAGGCUCUUUAUGAUAAUGGCUAUCCAGUUCCAAAACCAAUCGACUUCAAUCGUCAUGCUGUUGUCAUGGAGCUUGUUGAUGGUCAUCCACUGUAAGUGUAUCAUGGGCUGGGCUCUUUCUUGUUAACUCAUCAUAAUAUUUAUUCACUUUUAAUACAAACACAUGCUUUACCUGUAGUUUCUAAAGAGAUAACAAUAGCCCCUUUAAGAGGCUAGCUUGUUAUUGUAGCUGGUUCUCUUGUGUGGGGUUUGGUUAUGCAUCAAGACCCACACAUGGAAGCUCUUAGGAGCUUGUUCUCUGUGUUCCAGUGAGAGUUUGGUUUUUGAGGAGAGAAAACAACUGGACUAUCCAAAGCCUGUAGAGCAUGCGUUUUUUUUUAAGCGCGACCCAGAGGUACUGAGAGGAGGACACAUCAACCUCUCCUUUGGAAUCACUUAUUGACUCACCUAAACUCUUGGUCAGUUUGAACAUUCAAAUCCAGGCCCAAAUCAAUUGCAGUGCAAAAUACGCUGCUUUGCAGGCUAGACUAUCCAGAGAAAAACAUCUGAGAACAAAGAAGAGAACCAACAACAGUGUUACCUAAAUAUUGCAUUACCAAGAUUUGAACCUGAGCUAUGCUGAUAAACUGGUGAAAACUAAACUGUGCUCGAGGGGGGCUACUCAACAAAGUUUUGUAUGGUGAGGAUCUGCCCUGAUGUCCAACCCCCUACCCUUUUUUAUUCCAUUUUUGACAGACAAGGUACCCCUUUCUUAUACUUUCCAUUGAAAAUGCUACUCCAUUAACAUAUCACUUGAUAAGAUAAACAAAAUGAAAUCAAUCAUACGAAAAGUCUUCUUGACAUUAGGCAUAGGGCACGUCUUUUCGAAACAUUUUAAUUAAAGGCCCCUUUUGCUAAAAUGAUAGAUUUUGCUACCCUUUUAUAUACCUCAACUGCUGAAUUCCCUACCCUUUCAUAUAACUGAAGCCUGAAAAAGGUGCCCCUUUCGAGCAGAGCCGCCCCAUAUAGGCCAUCAUAGGGAGUGUGUCCCUGGGUGCUGGGCCUCCUUGCUACCCCGUGAACCUUUUAUGAUGUUUUUUGUUUUAAAGAGGUGUCCCUGAGAAAACAAGAUAAACAGUGUAAAGACUGUAAAAUGUAUCUGCUACCAUUUCCUUCUUGUUGCUAUGGUAACAUGCUGCUCUGUUGAUUGAAAGGUGUCAAGUUCAUGACGUGGCUGAUCCAUCAGCUCUGUAUAACGAUCUCAUGGAGUUAAUUGUAAAACUUGGCAGCUAUGGACUGAUACACUGCGACUUUAAUGAAUUCAACUUGAUCGUCAAUCAAGAUGAUAAAGUGACAGUCAUUGAUUUUCCUCAAAUGGUGUCAAUUUCUCAUCCGAAUGCACAAUGGUGAGUGCGUUUUCAAUGCUGUUUAUGUUUCAAUUACCUUUUCAGUUGAAUAACAUGAAUGAUGUGAAGUGCGGUUUUUUGUUUGUCUUCUCAUUUUCAAGGUAUUUUGACAGAGAUGUGCAGUGCAUUAGAGAUUUUUUCCUUCGGCGAUUUUCGUAUGAAAGUGAACUUUAUCCCAAGUUUGCAGAUGUGAGGUAAGUCAUUUUGCUUGUCAUGUAGCUAUUAGUUAGCUUUGAUUUUAUGAUACGUGUAGUUUGUGGUGUUUCUAACAGCAGUUACACUGACAAGUAUUUCCCUUAAACGAAGAGACUUGUCCAGUCUUUCUCGUUUCUAAAAUACGUUUUCCUUGUCAACGAAAACUUUACAGUAGAUAGCUUAAGCAACGAUAUCGCCAAAAUUAACUGAUUUAAUGAACAAAGCAACAUGUCAACAAGUGCAUCACAUUUCUUUGCCGUCCUCUCCAUACCAAUGACAUGUACCCUGCGUAGUAAGCGGUAUUCUGAUGUGUUUUUCGUUUGUGUUUCGUAAAGUAAGGGAAACAGAGGUGCGAAAGCUGAACCGAGGUCAAACGAGAAAACGGUGGGGAAGGGGGCGAGGGAAAGAAAAAAGUGUCCUCUCUGCCCUCUGUAUCACGCCCCUUCCUUCAUCGUUUUCUCGUUUGAUGACCUCUUCUUUUACAUAAACUUGAAGGAAAAACUUACUAAACCCCACGUGCCUCGUAGGCUAUGUUUGAUGUAGUUUCUUAAUGGGACAUUUUAUGGUGGGCCUGACGCGACGAUAAAUUUUCGUUGUUCUGUAUGUACUGUCUUUCUGAACUUGGAUACUGUCCUUAAGAAUUCAACUCUACGAAAAUCCGCCUAUAUUUACAAAUUGAGCGACUGACGAAUUCGCUUUUUUGGAGGUUUUUUUUUUACGGCCGUCGCUGUCAUCAGCUGUGUUUAAUUCAAAUGAAAUGACAGCAUUACUUUGUAUGAUAAAAAUAUGCUGUGCUGGCUCUGACUCGUCCCCAGUCGUGCCUCACUAUCUCUCCCUAGUGGCGCGUCGGGUGUGAUAAGAAGAAGGACACUCACCGAUCCCGCCGGGCGUGCGUUACGCGCGAAGACGACUGGGGACGAUUCAGGUUCUGGCUUAUGUCUUGGAUAUUUUAAAGUGCAUGUACCUUUAGAUGUAGGCGCCUUUCUUGGUAUCAUUAAUUUGUGUACUUUCGUGUUCAUUCUUUUAUUCAGACGGCUUCAUAACUUGGAUGUUGAAGUGGCAGCAAGUGGCUUCACUCGUGAUAUGUCUGAGUCAUUUGAUGAGGUAAAGACAUGUGAAGACACAUUUAUUGCUAACAGGGAGGGGAGGGAAGAAAUGACUCAUCCCUCCCAAGUGUCGUAUUGCAACACAUUUUUUAAAUUUUCAUCAUCUCUCAAGAGAGUGGAUGGUCAGUUGCUUGUUAAAUUAUUUAACAAGAAAAAGUAAACUGAGUAGCGUUAUUCGACGUUUCGAUGUUUCUAACAUCAUUAUCAAGAAUGAAAACCGUUAAGUAUCAAAGUUGUUAAAAGAGUUGAGGUCGAGAAACCAACCCUUACGGACAAUUUGUCGGUCCUCAAAAAGUGUAGGAAUAAAUUUGAAUGCCUUGUCUGCUAAAUGCUGUUUAUACAGGAACUCAAACCAUCGCUAAACGUGCAAUCAGACUCGAUUCGCGCGAUUUUCAUCUAUUAGGACAUAUGCAUAAUAAUCAAGCAUACACGAAUGCCAUGUAACGAUUUGAAUUCAUUAGAUGGCAUUAUCAAUAAUGAUGUUAGAAACAUCGAAGCGUCGAAUAACGUUACUCAGUUUAUUUCUCAAGAGCUUAUUAAUAAUUUAUAUUGAGUGGAAUCAGCGGAUUGGCCCUUCUCAUCAACAGUUUCAUCCAAUGUUUCCUUAAUUCAUUCGUCCAUGUUAUUUGCAAAGUAUAAUAUUUAAGACAGUUUUAAAGAGGAUCUUGCUAUCCCUAAAUAUAAAGACUGAUAAAAGAAGUACAUUGAGGUUAUUGUAAUAUGUGUGUAGGCUGCCGCUGACCUUCUGGCAUCUUUGGACGAUGAGGAUUCCAAAGAGGAUUCCAAAGACUCUGAAGUUAAAUCGCAGGCUCAAGAACAAGAUGACAGUGAUGAUAGCAACAUGGAACAGGAGGAGUGUAAUACCAAGAAUAGCGUCACUGAUGAACAGCAAGGCGCAGGGGAUUAUAUAAAGCCGUACGAAGAAGACCAAGAAGAACAGGAAACGAGCGAGGACUGUGACCUAGAAGAGCUAAGCUAUCAAAAUAAGCAGCACAAACCGUAUCGCGAUGCCAAGACUCACGUGACUGAUAAAGGCCAAGGUGAUGAUCUCAGCAGUCAAUCAAGUUCCGUUGCGAGGUCAUCGAUUGACUCGAGAGAAAUAAGAACUCGAGUGAAAAAGAGUUUGGAUAAAAAACAAAGAGACAUGCGCAGACGGAAGCGAGGCGAAGCCUCCGCAGUGACUCGAUCGAGGCGGGAAAAUCGGGAUAUUGUAAAGCAAGGUUCACAGUCAUGGAAAGACGGCUGGUGAACGGGUUAGAAUGGCUGGAAUUGGAUAAGGUGUUAAGUGACAGUCAAGAGAACCUAGUGCCGAGGCCACUAGGCCGAUAUUUGACGCGCUCAUGCGAUGACGUCACUGAAUACACAUACCGCGUGACACAAACUGUUUUCUAUGCUGUCGUAAAAAUAAGAGAAUACCAAUUGUCUAGUACAGUCGAACCCCCAUGUGCGACCUCCUCCCAUAAGCUAUCACAGACCCAAAACACCAAUAUUUUCCCGGUCAAAACCCUGUUGGUGAAAGCUGUCGUGAACGGCAACCUCUCAUGAGCAACAGCGACCACUUUUUGGAGUGACAGUUUUGUGAUCGUCCAUUGCUUUUAACCUCUUUUAAAGCGACCGCAUUACACAUGGUCUGAUCUCUUAGUUCGCUGUUAAUGUACUACACUAUUCCAUGCUAUUCAGAGCAUACGAAGAACUUUUAGUGACAACUUGAAACUACACCUAAGUAACUCAGAAAAUGCGUACAACAAAUAAUCUUCCAAAAAGUAGACGUGUCUGUGCCUCUUCUCGGAAGAGAUCCCUCUGUAGGUCGAUUCUCUUAAGCGACUACUAAAUCUUCGCACGGGAGGUUUGACUGUAUAAUUAUGAAAUCAGCACAGUGAAGUGCUGCGAAAAGUACUGAAGAGGGUUAGACAGUUUAAGAGCAGUGUCAUCUGACUAUAAAAGAUAUAUUUGGUGACUACAUAAUCUUAUUUAAACUUUGAAUUUUCCACCAUCCCCUCUCUGCCGGUGCUGAAGUCUGCAACCACAUAUAGCAAGGCCACGUGGGUAAAUAAUGAUCAUACGCUGCGAAUUAUCUUUUGAAAAAUAGCAGUUGUACGCAAGGGUUUUUAAGUUUUUGUGGCCAAAAAGUAGCAGACGAAACAUUUUGGGUUGUUGGUGAAUUUUAUUAAAUAUCAUGUUAAGAGCUGUACCAAUAUCCCUCUAUAGUGAACUAUUUACACUUCAGAAAAAUACAUCUAUUGUUCAAAUAAAUAGCCCUAUGUUAUUUAAUAAAGUCGUUUUUGUGACGAUUUCAAGAUGUUGCUCGAACAAAUCGUGAG